AUGAACAACGAACUCGAAUCGCAUUCGCGGGCUCAACAAGAAGUUGAAGUCAAGCCUUAUACUUCGGAGAAGGAGCAAGUCGAACAUGUGAACGACAUUGAUGUAGCGAAGGGGCAUGCUGAGUUCAAAGCAGACGCCAUGGAGGCGGAGAAGAUGGAGCAUCAAAUGACGGUGAUGGAAGCUGUCAAAGCUUACCCCAUGGCUUGUUUCUGGGCUUUCAUCAUGUCUUUUACAAUUAUCAUGGAAUCGUAUGAUGUGUUCCUCAUCGGUAAUUUCAUUGCCCUUCCUGCUUUCGCCAAUAGGUUUGGUAUACUCAAUGAAGCUACGGGAAAAUAUGUCAUUCAAGCUAAAUGGCAGUCGGCACUUCAAAUGGCGGGUCAACUCGGUGCACUUAUUGGUGUGUUCCUUGCUGGACCGCUUACCAGUCGUAUCGGCUACCGUUGGGCGACCUUGGUGGGCCUUGGACUUAUGAACGCAACCAUCUUUGUCAUGUUCUUCGCCAACUCACUUCCUCUUUUUUUCGUCGCGCAACUCCUCGAGGGACUUCCAUGGGGAAUUUUCAUUGCCAAUGCGCCCGCGUACUGCAGUGAGAUUGUUCCAAUGCGACUUCGAGCACCGGCCACCCAGGUAUUGCAGAUGUUUUGGGCCAUUGGUAGUAUUAUCGUUGGUGCCGUAACUUAUCAUUAUAACACUCAGCUGGGGACAAACGCAUACAAAAUUCCCAUCGCACUACAAUGGAUGUUCCCUACUCCCCUUGCCAUCCUUAUGUUCUUUGCGCCUGAAUCUCCUUGGUGGUUAGUGCGAAAGGGCCGUCUUGACCAGGCGACUCGGUCGAUCGAGCGUCUCGGGCGUCGAUCAAGGUUAAACGCGGGCGAGACUGUGGCUAUGAUGCGACGGGUCAUCGAACAUGAAUCAGAAUCCUCCCCCAACUAUAUCGAGCUUUUCAAGGGCACAGAUCUCAGGCGUACAGCUAUCGUGUGUGGUAUCUACGCAGCCCAAAAUCUAGCAGGAAACUUGAUUGCGAACCAAGCUGUUUACUUCUUUGAACAGGCUGGUAUGUCGGUCGACACCGCAUUCGCUCUUGGUUUGAUUACUUCGGCUUUACAAAUGAUUUUCGUUAUGCUUUCAUGGAUCCUGACAACUUACUUUGGUCGACGUCCCAUAUAUAUCUAUGGCACUCUCUUCAACGUCGUUAUGCUCUUUGCUCUUGGUAUCGCCGGCUCGCUCAAGCAGACUACAUCAGCUCAACAGGCUCAAGCCUCUUUCGGUCUCAUUGUUUCUGUUAUUUUCACUUUUGCGGCGGCCCCAGUCUCAUGGUGCAUCAUUGGUGAGACCUCCUCUAUCCGUCUCAGACCACUCACAACCGGAAUUGGUCGAGCAACAUACUAUAUCAUCGAGAUUCCCUGUAUUUUCCUUGGUUCGUACAUGCUGAAUCCCACCGGUGGAAAUCUUGGCGGCAAAUGUGGCUACGUUUGGGGAGGUACUGCUCUCGCGACCUUGAUCACUGCAUAUUUCUGUUUGCCCGAGAUGAAAGGUCGCUCGUAUCGAGAAUUGGACAUCAUGUUCCGACGUCGAAUUCCCGCUCGACAGUUUGAGAAGACUGUGAUCAAUGCGGAGGAAGACGAAUAG